CUUUGUGUAAAUUAAUCUGCGCUUCCCAGCUCCCCCGCGCUUCUGUACCCGGGAUCUGAGGGGCCAUACAAACCUUGAAAUCCUCGCACCGCUCCCUCUACCCUGACCAAAUUGAGGCGUCUCCGUGAGAGUCAGGCGGUCGCUUCCCUGUGUGUUUAAAUCGCUCGGCGGCGGGUCCUGUCUCCGUCUUUCUGCCACAGGCCAUGUGGUCACCUCCUGUCGCGGAGUUUUCCUGUUUCAAAUCCUUCAGUGAUGCUUAACAUCCGCCCCGCACAGCGUAAAGUCCUCCUCCGCUAGGCGGAUUCCGGUCUAUCAGGUCCCCCAAGCCUCGCCUUUGUUGGCCCUGGAGCUCAGCGCUCCAAUCUCAAUCCAGGAGAAGCCGCGUCUUCUGCCGAAUCCCGGGAUUCUGCAGACACCACCCCUCUCUUGAUCCAGACCCUACCUUUACCCUCCUUGAUACGGGGCUCCGCUACUCCCCAGGCCUCCUCUUCCCAGCCACCGCUUCUCCUAACCCUGGGUGUGGGGAGGUGACUUAUUCUGUCUCUUGACAUCUAGUGUUCUUGCGGGCCAAAUAACACUCCACUGAAAAGGUGUUCUGCAUGUGGGCAUCGGAUCCCAAUUCCUUCCAUGGGAAUGUGUGCAGAAAGAGAGAUGGAGAGCGAGGGAGAAGAAAGAGAAACAUUUUGAAGGAGAAAAGAAGAUUGAGGGAGAGCCAUAAGUAGAUGGCAAAGUAGAGAGUGGAUGGGGGAUUUGCAGAGACAGCGAAUGAAGCUGGGAAAGUAGCAAGGGGAGAAAAGCAACUGGAGAAAUGCAGAGAAAAGUUCCAUCUCUGGAGAGAUGAAGGACAGCAAGAUACUGAGACGGGCAGCAAAGUGGGAAGUUCCUCGGUUUGAGAGUGGAGGAGAGGAGGAGGGAUUUGGAGCCAGGGCAGACAGAGCAGCAUAGUGCUGGGACAGCAAGAGGAGUCAGCUGGUGACAACGAGAGCAGAGGGAGAACCACAGCAGGUGGAGGCCUGGGAUCUCAGGGUGCCAGAGAGUGGGGAGAAGCGGGUGUAACAGAAAAGAAGGGAUUUAACAGGGAGAGCAGAGAGGGAGCAGAGACAGGGAAAGAGGCAGGACCGGGCACAGUGGCUCACGCCUGUAAUCCCAGCACUUUGGGAGGCCGAGGUGGGUGGAUCACCUGAGGUCAGGAGCUUGAGACCAGCGUGGUCGACAUGGUGAAACCCCAUCUCUACUAAAAAUACAAAAAUUAGCCCGGCGUCAGCAUGCGCAUGUAAUCCCAGCUGCUCGGGAGGCUGAGGCAGGAGAAUUGCUUGAACCCGGGAGGCGGAGGUUGCAGUGAGCAGAUUGCGCCAUUGCACUCCAGCCUGGGCGACAAGAGCAAAACUCCAUCUCAGGAAAAAAAAAAAAGAGGCAGAAAUAGGUGGAGAUUGGGACGAUCAAAGAUUGAGCAGAAAGUUUAGGAGAGGGGCGAAAUAAGUUGCCAGAAUGGAGCAGAACAGGUGGAAGAGAAGGAAUAGAAGGAAGAAGGGGAGAAACAUCAGGAGAAGAGAGGGGCUCAAAAUGAGCAGAAUCUUAGGGGAAAAAUAAAGAGGGGGAAAAAAGCUAGAGAAAGAAGGUGAGAAUGAGAGAUGCGUACAGAAUGAGGGAGGGAAACAGUACUGAGAAAAGAGGGAACCCUGGGUGCAGAUGAACGGUGAGUUGAUUGGAUAUUAUGAUUCAGUUGUGACAUUGAUUUAUCUGUUUAUAAUCUGAUAAUAUGAAAUAUACUUUAAAAAUACAGAUGAAGAUGAAAUGUACGAAACUCCUGUCUGUAAGGCUGGUGCAUUUUAUAAUUCUUGGCAUCAGACUUUAGCUUCCGCUCACAUUCCCUAUUCAGGCACAGUCAACAGCAUAAUGAACACUCAACACAGAAUGCUUCAUAUCUGAUGAACAAAAUGUGUGGGGAUUUCUUCCCACCAACAAGCAAUUCGUCAGACUCCGCCUGGGUGAUCCGUAAUUUCACUCAACUUGACACUGUCUACGUGAAGUUAGCAUCAUAUCCCACAGGUUGGGGGCUCAGUUCCACAAGGCUGCUCCUACUUCACGUGCUGGUUGCUGGAGUGCAAUGGCGUGAUCUCAGCUCACUGCAACAUCCACCUCCCGGUUUCAAGCAUUUCUCCUGCCUCAGCCUCCCAAGUAGCUGGGAUUAUAGGAGUUUCUUGUCCCUGCAUCAACUCUGGUGCAGUGGGCAGCAGAGGACGUCUUUCCACAGGGAUUGACUUCUAAAGAGUCAUGCUGUGUGAUGAAAAAGCCCAGAAGAGAAGGAAGAGGAAAGCAAAGGAGUCAGGGAUGGCUCUUCCUCAGGGACACUUGACAUUCAGGGAUGUGGCCAUAGAAUUCUCUCAGGCGGAGUGGAAAUGCCUGGACCCUGCUCAGAGGGCUUUAUACAAGGACGUGAUGUUGGAGAACUACAGGAACCUGGUCUCCCUGGGAAUCUCUCUUCCUGACCUGAACAUUAACUCCGUGUUGGAGCAAAGGAGGGAGCCCUGGUCUGGUGAGAGUGAAGUGAAAAUAGCAAAAAAUUCAGAUGGGAGGGAGCACAUCAAAGGUGUGAACACAGGGAGCAGCUAUGCCUUGGGAAGCAAUGCAGAAGACAAACCAAUUAAAAAACAACUUGGAGUAUCGUUUCACUUACAUCUAUCCGAAGUGGAGCUAUUUCCAGAUGAAAGGGUAAUAAAUGGAUGUAAUCAAGUUGAAAACUUUAUCAACCACAGUUCCUCUGUUUCCUCUCUUCAAGAAAUUUCUUCCAGUGUCAAAACCCCCAUUUUUAAUGGGAAUGAUUUUGAUGAUUCUUCAUUUCUCCCACAAGAACAGAAAGUACACAUUAGAGAAAAACCUUAUGAAUGUAAUGAGCAUAGCAAAGUCUUUAGAGUGUCUUCCAGCCUUACUAAACAUCAAGUAAUCCGUACUGUAGAGAAACCUUACAAAUGUAAUGAAUGUGGCAAGGUCUUUAGUCGCAAUUCACACCUUGCAGAACAUUGGAGAAUUCAUACUGGAGAGAAACCUUACAAAUGUAAUGACUGUGGCAAGGUUUUUAGUUACAAUUCAAACUUUGCACGACAUCAAAGAAUUCAUACCAGAGAGAAGCCGUAUGAAUGUAAUGAGUGUGGUAAAGUCUUCAGUAAUAAUUCUUACCUUGCACGACAUCAAAGAAUUCAUGCUGAAGAGAAACCUUACAAAUGUAAUGAAUGUGGUAAGGGCUUCAGUCAUAAGUCAUCUCUAGCAAAUCAUUGGAGAAUUUAUACUGGAGAGAAGCCUUACAAAUGUGGUGAAUGUGGCAAGGCCUUCUAUAGGAUUGCGCUUCUUGUACGACAUCAGAAAAUUCAUACUGGAGAGAAACCUUAUAAAUGUAACGAAUGUGGAAAGGUCUUUAUUCAAAAUUCACACCUAGCACAACAUUGGAGAAUUCAUACAGGAGAGAAACCUUACAAAUGUAAUGAAUGUGGAAAAGUAUUUAAUCAACUUUCAAAUCUUGCACGACAUCGAAGAAUUCAUACUGGAGAGAAGCCUUACAAAUGUAAUGAAUGUGGUAAAGCAUUUAGUGAGUAUUCAGGCCUUUCAGCCCAUCUUGUAAUCCACACUGGAGAGAAGCCUUACAAAUGUAAUGAAUGUGGCAAGGCAUUCAGACACAAGUUAUCCCUAACCAAUCAUCAGAGAAUCCAUACUGGAGAAAGACCUUACAAAUGUAAUGAAUGUGACAAGGUCUUCAAUCGAAUUGCACACCUUGCACGACAUCGGAAAAUUCAUACUGGAGAGAAACCUUACAAGUGUAAUGAGUGUGGCAAGGCCUUUAGUCGCAUUUCAUACCUAGCACAACAUUGGACAAUUCAUAUGGGAUAGAAACUACAAAUGUAACAAAUGUGUCAAAGAAUUUAGUGUGCACUCAAGCCUUACUACCCAUCUUUUAUUCCAUACUGCAAAGAAACUUUGCAAAUGUAAAGAAUAUGACAAGGUCUUCAAACUCAAGUUUUUCUAAUAAUUCAUUAGAGAAUUUAUCCUGGAGAGACUUCACAAUUGUAAUGAAUGUGUGGAAAAGUCUUAAACAAAAUUUCACACCUUGCAAAAGGAGAUCUAAAAAAACACUAUCAGAAAUGACAAAGGGGAUAUUACCAGCAACCCCACAGAAAUACAAAAACCCCUCAAGGAUUGCUAUAAACACCUGUAUGCACACAAACUAGAAAACCUAGAAAAAAUUAAUAAAUUCCUUGAAAGAUAUAAUCCCCCCAAGAUUGAACCAAGAAGAAAUUGCAACCCUGAACAGACCAAUAAUGAGUUCCAAAAUUGAAUCAGUAAUUAAAAACCUAUCAAACAAAAAAGCUCUGGACCAGACAGAUUUAUAGCUGAAUUCUACGAGAUGUAUAAGAAAAGCUGUUACCAGUCUUACUGAAACUGUUAAAAAACAUGGCUGCAGAGGGACUGCUCCCUAUCUGAUUCUAUGAGGGCAGCAUCAUUCUAAUACCAAAACCUGACAGACACAAUGAAAAAAGAAAACUUCAGGCUGGUAUUCCUGAUGAAUAUAGGUGCAAAAAUCCUCAGCAAAAUAUUAGUAAACCAGAUCCAUCUGCACAUCAAAAAGCUAACAUGAUCAAGCAGGCUUUAGUGUUGGGCUGCAAGGUUGGUUCAGUAUACACAAAUCAAUAAAUGUGAUUCAUCACAUACACAGAACUAUAAACAAAAACCACAUGACCAUGAUCAUCUCUUUAGAUGCAGAAAGGUUUUUAAUAAAAUUCAACAUCCCUUCAUGUUAAAAACCCUCAACAAAUUACACAUUGAGGGAACAUACUUCAAUAAAAACCAUCUAUGAUGGACCCACAGCCAAAAUAAUACUGAAUAAGCAAAAGCUGGAAGCAUUCCCCUUAAGAACUGGAACAUGACAGGGAUGACCACUCUCACCACUCUGGAUUCAACAUAGUACUGGAAGUCCUAAGCUUAGUGAUCAGGCAAGAUAAAGAAAUAAAAGGCACAUAUAAAUAGGAGGAGGGGAAGUCAGUUUCUCUUGCAGAAGAUAUAAUUCUAUAUUUAGAAAACCUGUUGUCUAUGCCCAAAGGCUCCUAGAUCUGAUAAACAACUUCAAAAAAGUUUCAGGAUACAAAAUCUAUGUACAAAAAUUAGUUGCAUUUCUAUACACCAGUAAUGUCCAAGCUAUGAACGAAAUCAAGAAUGGAAUCCCAUUCACAGCAGCCACAAAAAGUAUAAAAUACCUAGGAAUACAGCCAACCAGGUAAGUGAAAGAUUUCCACAAUGAGAAUUACAAAGCAGUGCACAAAGAAAUCAGAAACAAUACAAAUUGAAAAAUAUCCCAUGCUCAUGGAUAGGAAGAAUCAAUAUUGUUAAAAUACUGCCCAAAGCAAUUUACAGAGCCAAUGCUAUUUCUAUCAAACUACCAGUGGCAUUUUUCACAGAAUCAGAAGAAAACAUUCUAAAAUUUAUUUGGAACCAGAAAAGCCCAACCUAAAUAGCAAAAGCAGUCCUAAGCAAAAAGAGCAAAGUUUGAGGUAUCACAUUACCCAACUUCAAACCAUACUACAAGGCUACAGUAACUAAAACAGCAUGGUACUGGUACAAAAACAGACACAUAGAUCAAUGGAAUAGGUAAGAGAACCCAGAAAUAAAGGCAUAUACCUACAACCAUGUGAUCCUCAACAAAGCUGACAAGCAAUGAAGUAAGAACUUCAUUCAAUAAGUGGUGCUGGCAUAACUGGCUAGCCAUAUGCAGAACAUCGAAACUGGACACCUGUCCUUCAUGAUGUACAAAAAUCAACUCAAGAUGGAUUAAAGACUUAAAUAUAAAACCGAAGACUUAAAUCCCUAUAAGAAAACCCAGGAAAUGCCAUUCUGGACAUAAGCACUGGAAAAGACCUGAUGAUGAACACCCCAAAGCAAUUGCAACAAAACCAGAAAUUGACAAGUGGGACCUAAUUAAACUAAAUAACUUCUGCACAGCAAAAGAAGCUAUUAACAGAGUAAACAGACUACAGAAUAGGAGAAAAUGUUUACAAACUGCAUCUGACAAAGAUCUAAUCUGGAAUCUAUAAAGAACUCAAAUCAACAAUGAGAGAACAACCCCAUUAAAAACUGGGCAAAGCCCAUGAAUAGACGUUUCUCAAAAGAAGACAUAUAUGCGGCAAUAAGCAUAUGAAAAAAAUGGUUAAUAUUACUAAUCAUUAAGGAAAUGCAAUCAAAGCCACAAUGAGAUACCGUCUCAGACCUGUCUGAAUGGGUAUUAUUAAAAAAUCAAAACAUAGAUGCUAGUGAGGCUGCAGAGAAAAGGAAAUGCUUAUACACUGCUGGUGGGAAUGUAAAUUAAUUCAGCCAUUGUGGAAAGCAGUGCAGCGAUUUCUCAAAGAUAUAAAAGCACAUGGCAUCCAACCCAGCAUCCCAUUACUGGGUGUAUACCUAAAGGAAUAUGAUCAUUCUACCAUAAAGACAAACACAUGUAUGUUCAUUGCAGCACUAUUCACAAUAGCAAAGAUGUGGAAUCAAUGUAAAUGUCCAUCAACAGUAGACCAGAUAAAGAAAAUGUGGUACAUAUACACCAUAGAAUACUAUGCAACCAUAAAAAAGAACAAGACUGUGUCCUUUACAGCAACAUGGAUGGAGCUGAGGCUCUUAUCCUAAGUGAAUUAAUGCAGGAACAGAAAAUCAAAUAUCCCACGUUCUGACUUAUAAGUUGGAGCUAAACAUUGAUUACACAUGGACUCAAGGGAACAGUAGACACUGGGGUUUACGGGUGGAGGUUGGGAAGAGGAUGAAGAUUGAAUAACUACCUGUUGGGUAUUACGCUGAUUACCUGGUGACAAAAUUAACUGUACACCAAACUCCUGCAACAUGCAGUUGACCCAUGUAGACAUACUCCUUGAACCUAAAAUAAAACUGAAAAAAAGCAAACUUCA